AUGACUCCAUGUUGUAAAGGUGAACAAUUUGAAGACGACAGUAAUACUUGUAAAGAAAGUAACAUUCGUGACGAGAGCGAAGCCAUAAUGUCUUAUGAAAGGCAGCAAUGUUGUCCUUCAAGUAAGCAAGUCGCUCCUAGUAAACCUGCUGGCGUGGAAGGAAGGAAGGGAAAAGACGAAAUGGCGACAGAUAAAUCUUGUUGCUCCGAACCCAAGGCUUGUUGUUCAUCUGACAAGGGGAAAGUUCAGACGUCGUCAAAAGAAAAAAACCGAGCAACUUGCUGUACCGACAAGAAUGAUAAAUGCUGUGAAAAAAAGACAAAAACAGAAGGAUGUGUAUCUACCAAUGCUGAAGAAAGCUGCUGCAAGGAUACAAGAGAACCUAUGUUGGUUACCGAAGCGAGUGAACAAAAGGGCCAAGCAACUUGCUGUUCCAACAAGACUGACAAAUGCUGUAACAAGAAGCAGAAUAAAGAAGAAUGUAAAUCCCCCAAAGUUGAAUUGAAGUAA